UGUUGGUGCGGUUCAAGAAAAAACAAAGCGAUUGAAUCUGGCUGGGAGAAUGAUUUGAGUAUUGUCGAUUUAAAAAUUCACUGAAAAUGGAGGCUGAAUUACUUUGUGGUAUAUGUAAAAAACCUUUCUCAUGUCCUAUCCUCCUGCCAUGUACUCAUAAUGUGUGUAUAGGCUGUGCGAAGACGAAUGUUAUACAAAGUGGCCAUGAAAACAAGACAACCAUCCCGGCGCACGGGGACCAGAGAGUUGCUGAGAUCUCAGAUUCAAUAUCGGACGAUUCGGGCUAUGUAAGUGUAAACGAACUAAACCACCUUUACCAGGCUAUUGGGAAUAUUCCGUGUUUAAAAUGUCCAGUUUGCUCAAGAAUCUUUCCGCUCGAUGCAAGAGGGUUUAGUGGUUUUCCUCGCAAUCGUCUACUAGAAAAUAUCGUAAAUCGUCAUUACGCGAAAUCAAAUGGUAAUAUUUACUGUCAACUAUGUGAAAAAGAUCCUCCAGCUAAAGCUAGUGUUAUGUGUGAACAGUGUGAAGUUGUUUAUUGCGAUGAAUGUUGUAAAACGUGCCACCCAAGUCGUGGUCCGUUGGCAAAACACAAAUUGACUAAACCUAACGCUAAGACUUCCGCGGUGCGAAGCUCGACGAUAAAUUGUGGCGACCAUCUCGAGGAAAAUAACAGCAUGUAUUGUGUGGCUUGUCGUAUUCCUGUAUGCUACGUUUGCAUAGAAAAGGGAAAACAUAAAGGGCACGAGGUAAAAGCACUGGGAGCCAUCUUCAAAGAGCAAAAGGGUGUUGUCUCRAGCAAUAUUCUACAGUUGGAACAAAGUACAAAUCAAAUGCACAAUUACGUUAACCAGCUCAGAGCAAAUAAUUCASUUAUACAGGAAAAUGGUCUUGACUUUGAAUCAAUAAUAGUCGCACAGUGUGAUGCACUGAUACAAUUUAUUCAAACAAGGAAAGCAGAACUUCUCAGUUCAAUCUCAAAAGAAGUUGACAAAAAGAUAGAGCAAUCAAAUGAACAAGUGUCAAAGUAUGAGAAAAAAAUGAAGGAAGCUUCUGCAUUAUUGAAUUAUUCUAAAGAAGCUUUGAAUGAAGUUGAUCCAGCUUCAUUUUUACUGGUUGCAAACGCUCUUAUAAACAGAAUUACAGAUGUCUGCAGUCAUUGGCAAAAUGACGACGUGCAUAAAACACCUUCAAAUAUGGAGCUGGAUCUCACACUGGAUACCUCAACAGCUGCWCAGGCACUGCAAGACUUACAGUUUAUAGAGCUCAAAGCUCCAUGUGCGCCUGAUAUCAUCCCUGACCAGUGUAGUGUYACCAAUAAUGCAAUCACACUCUGUUGGAAGCCUCGUAAGCGGAGCUGUGUUGAAGGCUAUGUGGUGGAAUUAGAUGAUGGAAGUGGAGGAAAUUUCAUUGAAGUUUACAGGGGAAACUCUCUUGAAUGCACUGUACAAGGGUUACAGUUUGACUCCACCUACAGAGCAAGGGUCAAAGGUGUGAAUACCACUGGGGAAGGUGCUCCAAGCGAUGAGGUCUAUCUUACUACUUCCGACAUUGCUUGGUUCAGUAUGGACAAAGAAACAGCUCAUCCCGAGAUAAUACUUAGCAAUGAUAACAGCACAGCGACAUGUACAAGCUAUGAUGACAGAGUGGUUCUGGGAAAUGCUGGGUUUUCAAAAGGUUGUCAUUACUGGGAAAUAACCAUUGACCGGUAUGACGGCAAUCCAGACCCUGCAAUAGGUGUGGCCAUGGCAAGUACAAUGAAGGAUACUAUUCUCGGCAAAGAUGACAAGGCGUGGUGUAUGUACAUAGACAGCAGUAGAAGCUGGUUUAGRCAUAAUAAUGAGCAUUCMAAUCGACGUGAUGGGGGGAUUGAGGUGGGGUCUGUUGUAGGCAUWUUUCUUGACGUUGGAAGUCAUAAGGUAUCAUUUUAUUUGAAUGAYGAAAAACGUGGUGCRAUCAGACUACCAAACAUUAAUGAACCAUUGUAUCCUGCAUUUAGUUUAAAUAGAAAUGUACAAAUUACRUUGCAUACUGGUCUAGAGCCGCCUGACUCCCAGGCAUAUGCUGGCAGGCAUUGACAUCGAGAUAUAUAUAGAUUUACUAUUAAUUAUCCUGAACCAAAUUUGUACCAUGAMUAUCAUUUACUCUGAAUAUUUGAAAUAUUUAGAUGAGAUAAGAUUGCUUAAUCUAGGUUUCUUUUUAGCUUGUGGAAUUGUCAAGAGAUUAUCAAUGAUAUAAUAGAAAUUAUAUCAGUCUCCCCCAAAAUGUACGAAAGAGUCUUCUUGUUUGAUGACAAGAAAAAGUCAAAAUUUUGAGUUUUGGUCAUUUGGUUCAAAAAAUAAAAUAUCAAUGUCUUCACCUUCUUCAUUUGCUGUUGUCAAAAAACAACAACAGGUAAUUAAAGUAUUCAUGUAACGAGAAGGUGCAGUAUUUACUUCCGUAUUUAAAAUUGAAUAAUAUUAUUUUAUGUCCCAACUUUUUGAAAGAUAUUUUAUGUACUACAUUGUAAAAUAGUAGUAGUUAUCGAGAUUUACUAGAUGAUUUAAAAAAAUAUAUUAGUGUUAAGAAUUUUUAUUAUGAUUAAUGAGUGAUGAAAUUAAGAAAAAAUGGAUGGUGUUGCCAUGGCGAUACUGAUGUUUUCAUGUGAAUGGCCACCAAGCUGACAAAUAGUAUAUCUUUUUACUUCAGUAAUUUCACUCCCUAUGCUAAACAGAUUGUACAGUAUGUUUUGAGUUUUGAAAAUACGUUUGCAUUGAGUAAAAGUUGUAAUUGGUAAUCAGCUAAGUGAGCAUUUGAAAAGGAAUUACCAAACUUUUAUGUCUGCUUUUUUUCCAAGCUUCAAUUCGUUUUCUACAGCUUUUUAAAUUAUUUUUAUAAGUAAGCAUGUAGAGAUUUAAGGUGUUUUUUUUUUAUGGCGUUGCAAAAUGCUUUGAAGGUUAUGCUGGAUCAUCUACCUAUUACAUGCAGGUCAUGAUGCCGAGAUUAAAACUGGAAUUGUCCGGGAUUUGAUUUAAAUUGAAAAUGAAACAUCAGGAAAGAUGUAUGAGCAAGAAAUGAAAGUGUUUAAACAGGUGACAUUGUGGUGAAGGGUCCUGCCAAAAAGGUGAAACUUUAUCUUGUCUUGAAAAAAAGUUGUCAGUUGUUCRCCAUCUUGUUGGACCUAUUACCGCCUUUAAUUUGUUGAGAUAACAAUUGCCUUGAGUACCUAACUAGUUUUAGAAUUGAGUUCUAACAUAGAUAUAGUUACCAUUGUCAUGCAUGUUGACUUUGUUUUACUAGUCGUUAUUUUUUCUAAGUGAUAGAAAACAAAUAAUUUUGUUGAUGUGUUGUGCUGUGCUAAAGGAAAAAUAGCUCAAGUGCAUGCAGAUUGUGUAAGAAAACAAUUUCAAAUUACUAGCAAUGUUGUGUAAUCUGUUAUAAAAUGAGUAUUUUUAAUUGUUAAGACAUGCGAAAUUCUUAUAAUCAGUGUCAAAAUUAGUUUGAUACAGUACAACUUAUGAAAUUAAACUAGAUGACAAAACAUGAUUCAGCUAAAAUACUUUGAACGCAAACACUAAAAGCAUGAAGGCAAUGCAGUGUAGAUGAAACAAUAGAAAACAAAGGAAUUGGCUUGAUUCAAUACAUUAUUUAGUGUGAAGUAAUCACUAGGCCCUCAAAUUUUUCAUGGUUUUAGCGUUUGCACUCUCAUCUCAAUUAACUGACAUAAAUCUGCAUUUUAUGAUGUCAGCGCUUCAAAAAACCCUAAUUGUGUCCUUUAGUAUGAAACAAAAAACUAUCAUUUCAUCAAAUGAGCAAUCAACAAGUGACAAUGUCAUAAUUGUUGAUAUUAUAAACAAGCUAGAGUGAUAUUAUGAAAGGCUUGCUUGAUGCCAGCCUGUACAGCACGUUCUCAGCUUGAUGAUGAUAGUUUAUUAGAUGAGGGACACAGAUUUCUAAGCUUCUAAAACUAAUGUCUACAAUUCUAAUUCCAAUUGAUAAUUAAUAAAAUAAGAAAUUUCUUUCAAAUAAAAAGAUUAUUGAUGUAUUUCA